AUGGCAAACCUUCCCGGAUUCAUUCCAUCCGCCGCCGAGUAUCGUCAGUUGGAAAUCACUUACGACUUGUCUUCCUUAGUAGGUGUGGAGUUUCCCUCUCCUGGAUCUAGCAUCUCUUCCCCUCCCCCUGGUAAGAUUGGGGUUUACUUGAAAACCCUAGACACUAGUGUACGCUUUCCUCUAACGGAUUUUCAGGAGGAGGUCCUCCAAAAAAAUGGUUGCAGUCUUCAUAUGUUGACUCCCAAUGCAGUUAACAAGGUGGUCGCGUUUGAAAUGAUUUGCAGGGCCAACGGGUAUCUUCCGGAUUACUUCGUCUUCAAGUUUUUCUUCCGAUUCUGUGUUACCGGAGAUAAAUGCACCUUCUUGAUCCAGCGAGGGGGACACGCCUUAGUUCCCGACGGGCGUACCCCAAAAAACUGA